CUACGGUGCAAGCCACAUCCUGAGCUGCUAUGUGGGCCACCGUGUGACGUACGGUGCAUUCCUCAUCAUGUUCAGUGCAUGGUUCAUGCUCUCGCGUUUCAUAGGUGUGACGUGAGUGACGGAGUGUGGCACGUGUGACAUACGAUGCGUAUCGACGGGUGUAUACGUUUGGAUCGUGCGCUGCAAAGUAGUUUCAAUUUGUGCUUGAGAAAGUUACCCAUCUCUCUCUCUCGCUCUCUCAGACACACACACCCGUACUCACCCACCCACCCACACCCACACCCACACCCACUCCCUCCUUCCCGUCGCCCUCCCCCUCCCCCUCCACACACACAGCUACACACACACGCACAUACACACAUAGUGUGUUCUGAUAAGAAUUAGCUUCGACUGCAGGAGUUCGCAAAGAUCAAGCCAUGGACGCAAGCACCGGAGGUAAGGGGGUCGGCAGACAGCGCAGCAGAUGCUAGACGCUUGUGGCAUGAGGAACCGGGUUGGUGGGGUUGGAACUGGGUUGGUGGGGUUGGAGAGGACACCAGGAAGGGUGCGGCGUGGCUCGGAAGAGAGGGAGGAGUAGCUUGCGGCGGUGAAGGGGAGAAAGGGAGCAAGGGAGGAAAGAGGAGAAGAGAGCAGAGGGGAGAUGUCGAUUUCGUACGUGCCUGUGGUGGACGAAGCGUACAAGAAGGCUGUUGCAGGGCUGCGCAAGGAUAUGCGCGAGUUCAUAAAGGAGAAGAACUGCGCACCACUGAUGCUCAGGCUUGCAUGGCACGAUGCCGCCUCCUACUGCAAGAAGACGAGGACGGGCGGGCCUAACGGUUCAAUCAGGCUGGAAGCGGAGCUGAACUACAAGCCGAACGCAGGAUUGAGAACGGCAGUGGGCUGGUGUGAGGAGUGGAGGAAGAAGUUCCCUCUCGUAUCCUUCGCAGACAUAGUGCAACUUGGAGGCGUGCUAGCUGUCGAACUCACGGGGGGGCCAGCAAUAGACUUCAUGCCCGGCAGGAAAGACUCGUCCAUAAGCACUCCGGAAGAUCGGUUACCUGAUCCGCACAAAGAUGCCGCACAUCUGCGACAACUGUGCGACCGGUUGGGUCUCAGGGACAAAGAGAUCGUGGUGUUGUCAGGGGGCCACACCAUAGGAAGAGCGCACAAGGAACGGACAGGAUUCGAAGGGCCCUGGACUAGAGAACCGUUCAAAUUCGAUAACGGGUAUUUCAAGGAGCUGCUGGGUGCCGAGAAAGAGGGUCUUCUGCGAAUGCCAACGGACAAGGCGCUGGUGAUGGAUGCCGGACUAAGAAAGUACGUGGAGGCGUACGCGAAAGACAACAGCUUGUUCCUCCGUGAUUACGCGGCAGCUCAUAAGAAGUUCUCUGAAUUGGGGUGCCGUGAGACAUCGCCGAGUUUUGCACUUGCAGUGACAGCGGCAGAGGCAGCAGCCAAACAUUCCGGUUCCAGAAGAGGAUCAGGAGGGAGCGGAGCAGCAGCAGGGAGCUUGAGUAACCAGCUCUCUCUCUCGCUGCUCGGACAGUCGGCUGUCGGGAUCGCAGCGACUGUGCUGGUUUGCAUAUUGGGAUACCUGUACGAGAUGAGGCGAAGGGCAGCGUGAUGGAAACUCAAUGCUAUGCCCUCCCCUUUGUAAAAUAUUUAUGCGUUUGUUUGGUGGAAUCGGUUUCUUUUUUUAUUGUUCGUUGCGCAUGUUUGGUAGC